UAAACCAAGCAUUAGAUCACAUGACUAUUGAAUACAUAAACAAAAUAAAACACUAAACAUAACAACCAUUUAAUUAACAGUCAAAUUGUAAAUCCAAAUACCAUGGGAUCAGUUCAGUCAAAGAGUUGUCAGCUAUUUGCAAGUGGCGGCUCAUUCAUCGACUACGAGCGCAUUAUCUAUCACUUGACACCCGGAGAUCUAAUUGAGAUUCAAAGAAAUAAAUACAAACAUUGGGUACUCUUUGAAUCGGUUGACUCAAUGGGUAAUGUCUGGUGUUAUCACGUGUCGGCUGUCGGACAACAUAUGAUGGACGACGAAGUGGCCGACGGUCUACGCAAAGAAGUGUCAUUCAAUGGCAAUGCACUGCUGAAGUACGAGCCGUUAAUAGACAUAUUGAAGGACAAUGAAUGUUUGCAGCCGUCGUUGUGUCGAAUCAACAAUCAAUCUCUGAUGGCUAAAGAAAUGCUGAAGACUACUAACAAUCAGAUGCCUGUCUUGGAUCAGGUCUUAAGUCAUUUGAAUCGUCUGAAGGAUUCCAUACUUAAAUAUGAUCUUAAAUCAUUGAAUUGCGAACAUUACUGCACUCUAUGGAAGUAUGGCAUUGGAUGGUCAUCUCAAGUCAACUCCUGUAAAGACAUUGUAAUGGCCACACUUAAGAUGAUGGCAUCUGUUAGCGGAACUGCUGGCCAUUUGCUUCAACAAAAUGGUUGCUAUCGAUUGGGUUUGGUUUGUCUUAUAGUUUCAAGUAUCGCAUCGUUGGCCGCCGAAGUGGUCAAAAACAUUGACUUAACUUUAAAUGGCCUCAAAUUGGAAGGACUUAUUAAACACGCUAUCGCUUACUAACCCAUGAAUUACUGUAACUUUUGAUCACCACUUUAUCCAUAAGUGAUAAUCGAUAUGUGAUUAUUGAUAUUUUAUAUACAAUUUAUAAUAUAGUGAAAUACCGGUAAAUAUAAUUUAAGUCAUUAAAAUUAAUAAUUGUUGUUUAGUGCACCAAAUUUUAUUUGUAUCAAUCUAUUUAUUAUAUUUUAUUUAACAGUCGACAUAUUUUUAUUUAAUUUGCAAUAUAUUUGAUUACAAUUAAAUUGUUUAUUACAUGUUUUGUUAUCAAUUUUUA